CUUUCCUCUUUCAUUUUCGUCUUCUCACCAAAAUCCCAUCCACGCCUUCCACCAAAAUCACACCUCCUUCAACGGAAGCCGGCGCAGCCAAGGAAUCCACCGACGCCGCCGGAGCAUUCCUCAGCAACGAAGGCCGCCGCUGUUGACGCCGAGGGUUCGACUUUAGUGGUCGGCUUCGCUAAUUUCAGAAGAAACGUGCUGAUCUUCUUGUUUGUGAAUGAAACAUGGAGGUUCCGAACUACCCUCUAUAUUGCUAUUGGGGUGGAGAAAUUGUCCACAAAGAUAGCGAUAUAACGUAUAGGGGUGGGAAUCAAAAAUUUGUGUUUGUACAUUCUGCGAUGACAUAUUCACAAGUUCUGAACAAGCUAUAUGAAGAAUUGAGUGUUGAUCCUAGAGGUGUGGAGUUGAAGGUGGUUAUGCGUUAUCCUAUGGCUGGGGCAUAUGUUGCAAUUCCGUUAAAUGACGACAACGCUGUUAGAGCUAUGUGGAUUGCUGUGACUCAGAGUUCUUCUGUUGCAAUGCAAUUGUUCAUUGAACAAGUUCCAAAGGAGCCAGUUGUGCAAACUAACACUGGUUCCUUUCCGGGGAUGGAUUUUUUUGGUAGUGUGGAUCAACCGUUUUCCACUGGUGUUCAAAGUGUGGGCAUAGGGUCAUUCACAAGAAUGCUUGUUGAUCCACAUUAUGUCAAUGACCAUCUCUCACAGUUUAGGUCUCCGGCCUCAUCGCCUAAUGUUGGAACCUCGACAAGCACACAACCACAAGGCAUUCUUGAUUCUCUUGACCCAAACAAUGUUGAUGUAUUUGGCGAUGCAGAGAUGAAUGACACUGAUGAAGAUGAUGAUGAAGAGGUAAUUGAAGCUCGUGAUAAGGCAAUUAAAGGAAGCACCCCCACUUCAGACUUCAAUGAAGUGGCGCAAGUUGAUCCUCGUUUGAAUAACUCAUGGAUGUCUUGGUUAGGAAAUGAGACAUAUAACAAUGGGGGGGAAUUUGAGGUUGGUCAGCAGUUUGACUCAUUGCAACAACUGAAAGAUGCUGUGAAAUCUUACUCCAUAGCUAGAAAUCAAACAAUUCGAGUUGUGGAGGCAGAGCCAGAGAAAUAUGUUGUUGAGUGCAAGAGGAAAGAACAAUGUAGUUGUUCGUGGAGGCUUAGAGGAGUGAAAGAUCCAACACUCUCUACGUUUAAAAUUGUGAGGUACAACGGCCCUCAUGCAAGUAACUGUGUUGGUGACAUCGACUCGGGAGAUCAUAAGCUACUGACUUCCGAGUUCGUUUGCAAUGCUCUUCUAGAUGUCAUUCGCGUUGAUCCUUCAUUGAAAAUCAAGACAAUGGUGCAACUUGUGAAAGAGAAAUUUGAUGGAUUCCAAAUAACCUACAAGAGAGCAUGGCUAGCGAAACAAAAGGCAAUAAAACUCAUUUAUGGGGGUUGGGAGGGUUCAUAUGAACAGUUGCCUAAGUACAUGCAAGCUCUCAAGGAAUCAAAUCCUGGAACUGUUGUUGAGUGGAGGUUGUUAGAGUGUACGGUUCCUGGAACACAUGUUUUUCAACGAGUCUUUUGGGCAUUCAAGCCAUGUAUUGAUGGAUUCCGUCACUGCAGACCCCUUAUCACCAUUGAUGGCACUCAUUUAUAUGGCAAAUACAAAGGCACUCUACUCAUUGCUAUGGGAACGGAUGCCAAUUUUCAACUAUUCCCCCUUGCUUUUGCGGUUGUCGAAGGAGAGAACAAUGAUAGUUGGUCUUGGUUCAUGGCUUGUAUUCGUGCUCGAGUUACAGAUAGGAAAGGGCUAUGUGUGAUAUCUGACAGACAUGCUGGUAUUUUAGCAGCAAUGGAAGAAGUUGGAAGUGGUUGGGAGGAGCCCAAUGCCUACCACAAGUACUGUACACGACACUUAGCUUCUAAUGUGAACUCAAAAUUUAAAAGUGUCGUCAUAAAGAACCUCUUUGGCAAAGCAGCUACUGCAAGGCAGAAGAAGAAGUUUGAUUACUACAUCAACAAAAUUGGUGACUUGAAUGUAGAGGCCCGUAGGUACUUGAUGGAAAUUCCGUACAGUAAGUGGUCCAUUCAUCAUGAUGGUGGUUUCAGGUUUGGUGUGAAGACUACAAACAUGUCGGAAGUUUUCAACGGAGUCUUAAAGGGGGCUCGAUGUCUCCCGAUAACCGCUUUAGUGCAAAUGACCUUUUUCCGGGUUAACUCCUAUUUUGCAACUAGAAGAAGUUGGAGUAAAAGAAGACUUGAAGAGGGCCAUGAGUUAUCGGAAAAGGCUAAGAAGACAAUAGAAGCCAACAUGGAGAAAGCCGCGCACCAUGAGGUUGUUGCUUUUGACUAUGAUGCCAUCGGGUUGUAUCAGGUUAGGACCGGUCGUGGAAGAAGAAAAGCUGGUAAAGGUGGUAACUCCCACACUGUGAAUCUGUUGAGCAAGACAUGUACUUGUGAGAAAUUGAGAAUAUACAAGCUCCCAUGCUCUCAUGUACUAGCAGUUUGUCGUCAUAGAAGCCUAUCACAUGCAGACUUUGUGGAUUCUUUUUUCAUGACCGCCGAAUACAGGCGUUCAUACGCGAAGUGUUUCGCACCAGUUCCUGAUCCUUGCCACUGGUUAGCUUACAAUGGUCCUACUACUAUUGCCAACCCAGAUUUGAAAAGAGGCCCAGGCCGACGGUCCACUAGAAUUCGAAAUGAAAUGGAUGAGCGUCCCAAUCGUGUGAAGAAGGCAUGCAGUGUUUGUCGGCGACCUGGGCAUAACAAGAAGACAUGUCCUACUCUUAUUGGUGGAUUUGGAUCAUCUGGGUCCCAUGGAGCCGGUGAUUCGUCCAGGCCCAGUUGAUCCAUCUGUUCUACGCUUGCAGACUUUCCAUAGGAGCCACGAUGUUUGGAGUGGCGUAGCUGAUAGAGUUCUCUCAGUUAGGGAGCAUAUGGUCAGCGUGGGACGUGAGUGGAGGGUAGAUGGCGGAGUACUAGAGUACGUUAGGCUUGCUGGGUUUUACGGUGUACAUAGGAUUUUGGGAGGAGGGUUUUUGCUUGAUCGAUCUCUUCUUACGGCGUUGGUUGAGAGGUGGAGGCAGGAGACACAUACUUUCCACCUAGUGGUAGGUGAGGCCACCAUUACUUUACAGGAUGUCUCCGUCCUGUUAGGUCUGAGAGUGCACGGCCCUCCUGUCAUUGGACCUCCAUUUGAGGGAUGGCAUGACCUAGUUGAGGAGUUGCUGGGAGUUCGACCUGGCCAUGAUGAUAACGGUAAGCCGUUUCUGGAGGGAUCUACUUUGAAGUUGACGUGGCUCAGACGUCACUUCUCACAGAUGCCAGAGGGAGCUGAUGACUUGACAGUUCAGCGCCAUAGCCGUGCUUACAUUCUCACUCUCAUGGGAUCUAUUCUGUUCGCCGACAAGAGUGGCGAUGCUGUGUCACUCUACUACUUGUCGUUCCUUCGAGA